UCGACAUGCCCACCACCACCAGAAUUAUCUCUGACAGCCGGAAGUCAGACAAAGGGAAGAAAGGAAAAGCAGAGAAUGUAGAUAAGACCCCGGUCUACGAGCCCAACAUCCCAGAACCCACAUGCAGAGCUGAUCUGACAAAGCACUGGAUUAAUCUGACAUUUGAUGACAAGACGGCCAAUACGAUGCUGUGGGUAUCGGAGGGGGGUCGUAAAGUGGCCCGUAUGACUGAUGAAUUAAAGUGUCCAGUCCUUGACAGACCGGAGAGAUACGAGUAUUCUCCACAGGUUCUCUGCAAGGAAGGCAUCCUGGGCUUCCGUGGCUACUGGGAGGUUGAGUUCUCAGGAUGGGUCGUGGUCGGGGUCGCGUUCGAAGGAGCAGGAAGGAGGAACACGGACGGCUCCUGUGGCCUGGGAGAGAACGAGGAGUCCUGGGGACUUGGUUGGAACGGCUCGAAUUACAAUGCUUGGCACAACGGUGAGAGCUUGGACAUCGUGGGAAUCCCCAAGUGCCCCAGGAUCGGUGUCUACCUCGACCAACCAGCCGGUAUCCUCAACUUCUAUUCGGUGAAUGAGCAGACAGAUGGGGAUGAAGGGGCCGCUGGAGGCAAAGAGGUUAAACCUUUGCACCAAGUGAAGAGCUCAUUCACUGAGAAGAUGAUCCCGGGCUUCUGGGUUGGGAUGCAGUCUCACUGUUUGAUCAUACACAGGGAGGAAUAACAUCUGAACAUCGCUGCUUGAGCUCAGCGAUUACUCUGAUAUAAUGAUAUAAAAGCUACC